AGGUGUGUUCAUUGUUGCGGCAAAGCGAACUCCUUUUGGGACCUAUGGGGGUUUGCUGAAGGACUUCACAGCCACUGAUCUGACAGAACAUGCUGCCCGAGCUGCGCUGGCUGCUGGCAAGGUCUCUCCCGAGGUCAUUGACAGCGUCGUUGUCGGCAGCGUGAUGCAGAGCUCCGCAGAUGCAAUUUAUAUCGCAAGACAUGUUGGUUUACGUGUGGGAGUUCCGGUCCCAGUUCCAGCCCUCACUGUCAACAGACUUUGCGGCUCUGGUUUCCAGUCCAUUGCCAGCGGAUGUCAGGAAAUUUGCCUUAAUGACUCAGAAGUUGUUCUCUGUGGUGGAGCUGAAAAUAUGAGCCAGGCUCCUUAUGCAGUUCGAAACAUUCGAUUUGGAACCCGAUUAGGAGCAGAACUCAAG